AGUGUAUCACAUUACAACUAACAUACACUUCACAAGUUCUCUGGGACAGAGUAGUUCAAACCCAGCUACUCCAGUCAAAACUUCAGGAGACAGAGGGCACUCUAGAUUCUCAAACUGGUUUAAAGAAGAAAUAUCCUGGACUUUAGAAGAGUUACAUUGAAAGAACAGGAGGACAUUUUAAUCUCUGUCUAUUUGCCGGCCAUAUCAUGGAACUAAAAUUCAUAUUGAAGACUUUUAAAUCUAAUAUUUUUGGCCUUGAUACUGUGUUUUUUCUACUCAUUCUCUUUAGAUAAAGAAAACAGAUGAUUGGGAGUCACUAACAUCUAUAAAAUAUAUUAAAGUGAUUAAAUUUAAAGUCUCUAUUAUCUAAGUCACUGAACAUAAUAGUUUGUACUAUUUUCUAUUGUCCAUGAAAUGUUCAAUUGACUGGAGUUAUGAUUGUUAAUAAAUGGAUUAUGGAGAUAUCAAAUAGGCUAAGAGUUGCCUGGCUGACAACAUGGAUUUAAGAAAGAUUAUUUUCAGUCUUUUUGUGCUUUAUCCUGUCAUUCACUGUGAGGUCUCAGAACAUCUCUCUUUAUUCAUACUUCUGAAAAAGUACUGUGAAGCUCUAUCAUCCUUCUCCAAUGUUACAGGUCUCUAUUGCAAUGCGACGACCGAUGAAAUUGGAACUUGCUGGCCAAAGAGUAGUACGGGUCGAAUCGUAGAAAGACCAUGUCCAGAGUAUAUUAAUGGGGUCAAAUACAACACGACGAGAAAUGCAUACAGGGAAUGUUUAGAAAAUGGGACAUGGGCUUUUAAGAGCAACUACUCCAACUGUGAAGCAAUCUUGGAAGAAAAGAGGAAGUACCCUAUGCACUACAAGAUUGCCCUGAUUAUCAACUACCUAGGGCACUGUAUAUCAGUUGGGGCUCUCAUUGUGGCAUUCAUGCUUUUUUUGUGCUUAAGGAGCAUUAGAUGUCUUCGUAAUAUAAUCCAUUGGAACUUGAUCACAACUUUCAUCCUGAGGAAUGUUAUGUGGUUUCUGCUUCAGUUGAUUGACCAUAAUAUACAUGAGAGCAAUGAGCCCUGGUGUCGCCUUAUUACGACAAUAUAUAAUUACUUUGUAGUGACCAAUUUCUUUUGGAUGUUUGUUGAAGGAUGUUACCUCCACACAGCUAUAGUAAUGACCUAUUCCACAGACAAGCUGAGAAAAUGGGUCUUCCUUUUCAUUGGUUGGUGUAUUCCAUGUCCAAUAAUAGUGGCUUGGGCUAUAGGCAAGCUCUAUAAUGAAAAUGAACAAUGCUGGUUUGGUAAAGAACCUGGGAAAUAUAUUGACUACAUCUAUCAGGGACCAGUCAUUCUUGUACUUUUGAUAAAUUUUGUUUUCCUCUUUAACAUUGUGAGGAUCCUUAUGACAAAGCUGAGAGCGUCUACCACAUCUGAAACAAUACAAUAUAGAAAAGCAGUAAAAGCCACAUUAGUUUUAUUACCUCUGCUGGGAAUCACUUACAUGCUGUUCUUUGUGAAUCCUGGGGAAGAUGACAUCUCCCAAAUAGUUUUUAUUUAUUUUAAUUCUUUUCUUCAAUCAUUUCAGGGCUUUUUUGUCUCAGUAUUUUACUGUUUUCUUAAUGGAGAGGUGCGUUCUGCUGCAAGAAAAAGGUGGCACCGCUGGCAAGAUAACCAUGCUUUGAGGGUGCGAGUGGCUAGGGCAAUGUCCAUUCCCACCUCACCAACAAGGAUCAGCUUCCACAGUAUAAAGCAAACAACAGCUGUGUGACCCUGUGAAUCAGGAGUGGCCUUUAGAAUAUUUUUGCAUUCUGUUUUGAUUAUCUCUAUUUUAUUAUUAAGAGCGCAGGUUAGCUUUUAUGUUUUGUGAACUGGUGUGAGUUUUGUAUGAUUAAAACCCCAAACAAUAUGUUAUAGAUUUAGUAAAUCACAAUCUGAGAAACCCUGCCGGCCUAGGGUUAUUUCAACUACCAUGUUAAUGCUGACGUAUACUGUACCUAUCAACAUGUGAAAGCUGCAGUAAGUGUUAUGGUUAUGGAGUCUUUUACACUUAGAAAUGUUGCCUUUGUAAGUUUUUGAAAUCAAGUUCAGUUCCCUAUCCAAGGGAAUUGAAUUUGAUUCAUACAGUAUAUGUGUAUCAUACAGUAUGUCUUUGGAUUUUAGCAUGCUGUGAUAAUUCUGUGCAUACAAUAUAUUGUGAAUGACUCCUGCUGUAGGGUUGUUUCAUGGAAAGUAAGCAUGAAGAAACAAUGAUAAAAAUAUCAGAGUUUCUUUAAGAUACAUUUUAUUUUUUUAUUGUCAGUGCUAGUUUUUAUUUUUGGCCAUAGAAAAUCUGUCCUUGAGUUAGUAAAACAUCUAAAACAUAUUAUUGAAUGUCGGGGUCAUUCACAGUUUUACAAAUACUGAAAAGAAUUUGGAUAUUGGUUGGUAUUCUGACAAGUAGAAUUUGAGAAACUCUGUUACCUAAACCAUUUCCAGUUCAGUAAAACUUCAAAAUACAGUAGGUUUUGCUAGUACAGUAUAUCAUUUAAGACAAAACAAUCAGCCAGGUUUUAUAAUUCUGUAGGAUUCCAAUAAUGAUAGUAAUAUAAAAAAAAUUCAACAUUAUUUAAAAUCUUAAAACAUUCCGUGGAAGGUUUCUCUCUGGCAUCUGAUGCAGGCAUACAUUUAAACCAAAAACUGCCAUUGAAGUUUUGAAAAUACCAGUUUUCUAAUGCAAAAUAUGAAAGUUCAUGUUGAUAGUGCUGAGCAUAUGAACCAUGUGCACUACAUAUAAAAUCCUUCAACUUUAUUUUUUAAAGAAAAUAGGUAUUUGAGUAAUAUAAAGCAAAAUACAUAAAUUGUCUUAGCCCUCACCAGUUAAAGACUGAAAAUGGUGGGAUGUACUUUGUUAACACUGUGUAUACUGUAUAUAUAUAUACUGUAUUUUAACAACUACAAAACCUAGAAAAAGAAAGGCAGACUAAUUCAUGAUUUUCUUUAAACUAUUCUUUAUACUGAAAAAUAGUGAUGACGUGGCAUUGCGUUCACAAAAAAAAUUCUAGACUUUUUGGGCCUUUUUAGUCCAGAGCAUUAUUCACAAUAAUUUUUCAAGGAAUGCAUUGUACCUUUCACAAUUCAAUACAAGAUUAUAGAGUAAACCAUUUAAUAACUUUUUUAGUCUUAUAAAUCUUAGGUAAAAUAGUUUCAAGAAGUGACUGUUGAGCAUAUCUUCUGGAGAGAAACCUAUUGAGCUAACUUUAAGAUAUUUUAAUGAAAAGCCUGAACUAGCUAGAGUCAGGUAAAUGUAAUAAAAUAAAAACACAUAAAUCAAUUUAGGGCACAAUGUGUUAUUCUAAUUAAACUUAAAACCCUUUUGUCCCCUUUUGGAGUCCAUUUCAGGAAUAUACAGAAUUACAAAUUACAUGUAAUAUUAUAAAUAGAUGUAAAUUAUUAUUUUAUUACCUGAAAAAUGAACAUGACAAAUUAUUAGACAGAGUUUUAAAAUAACAUUUAUUGUUAAUUGAUGUAUGAGCCAAAAGAGAAAAUUUUAACACAUUGUUUAAGUGUAUGUAUAAAUUAUUUUAAUGAGAUAUAAACAGUUACAAACAUUUAAUUUAACUAUUUUGUUGCUUUACUUUUCACAAUUCCAUGUAUUUGGCUAAUGUUUCACCUUCUGUGUCCCCAUUUUAGAAAUAUUCAUAUUGUUAACACAUGACUAACUGGUGAAUUGUUAUUCAUUUACAUUUCAUUGGAAUUAAAAUAUUUUGAAAAAGAGUAACAGAGUAACAUUAGGCCAGCAGUUACUAUUAAUAAAUUCAGAUACCAGUAAAUAAAAAAAAAUAUAUGUUUGAUCGCUUCCCAAAUGAAAAUUUUAAUGGACUGAUUUCAAGAUUUUGUGCGUUUUUUUGUGUUAUCUGAAAAUGCUAUGUCUCCAUGUGUAUAAUGAAGUAAAACAUACUGUGAUACUUCCUUAGCUAUACAUUUUAAUUUUUCCUCUGUCUUUGACAAUGACUUUGUCCAAAUUUACAUUCUGAACAUUAUAAUAAUUAUAGUACGGAGUAAAGAUUUUGUCAUUGACCUAUCCCCCACAGUAUUAAUGUGCUCCUAUUUAAGAAAAAAAAUAAAUUCUCAGACAUAGCUGUAGAUAAAUGUUCAACUACUAGAGAAUUUUUGUUACAUCCAUUGAUCAGUGAUGUAAAAACAUACUGUAACAACAUUUUACUAGCUGCCAUUCAGACCUAGAGUUAAUUAUAAUGGACAUCAUGCUAAGAGUAUUUUUCUCAUAUUACAGCACAUUCCAUUACUGACUUCUAAUUGGUUGAUAUAUUGGUCUAACACACCAAUCUGCAUCAAGCAAUCACAUGUCUGUGAAGUUUUGAGAGUAACAUUUCACAUUCAUCAUCAAUCAAAGUUUAUUUAUCAAAUG